AUGAAGGAUCUAGGUCCUUUACGUUAUUUUCUUGGCAUUGAGGUGGCCCGGAGUUCUGCAGGCUUAUUUUUGUGUCAGCGCAAGUAUACUUUGGACAUUGUUUCUGAGGCUGGUCUCUUGGGUUCUAAGCCCUCUGAUUCUCCUAUUGAGCAGAAUCAUCGUCUCGGUCUAGCCACUGGCUCUCUUCUCCCGGAACCUGAGGUUUAUAGACGACUUGUUGGUCGUUUGAUCUAUCUUGCUGUGACACGCCCUGACUUAGCCUAUUCCGUGCACAUUCUGUCCCAGUUCCUGCAGGCUCCCCGUCAGGAGCAUCUUGAUGCUGCCUUACGGGUUGUUCGUUAUUUGAAGGGAACCCCUGGUCAAGGGAUUCUUCUUCGUGCUGAUAGUGAUCUGUCCUUACAGGGUUGGUGUGAUUCUGAUUGGGCUGCUUGUCCCAUCACUCGUCGCUCUCUUACCGGGUGGCUUGUUUUUCUUGGUUCUUCUCCUAUUUCCUGGAAAACUAAGAAACAACCCACCGUUUCUCGGUCUUCUGCUGAGGCCGAGUAUCGCUCUAUGGCUGCUAUCACUUGUGAGUUGAAAUGGUUAAAGGGUCUGCUUCUCAGUUUGGGUGUUCACCAUCCCAAAGCUAUUCCCUUGUUUUGUGAUAGUCAGUCCGCCUUGCAUAUUGCUCACAAUCCUGUCUUCCAUGAACGCACGAAACACAUUGAGGUUGAUUGUCAUUUCGUGCGUGAUGCUAUUACUGAUGGGCUCAUUGCUCCUUCCUAUGUUCCUACUACAACACAAUUGGCUGAUAUUUUUACCAAGGCACUUGGGAAGACUCAGUUCGAUGCUCUACUUCGCAAGUUGGGCAUUUUCGAUCCCCAUGCUCCAACUUGA